GUCCAUUCCAUUCCACUCCAGGGCACCAAGUCCACUUCAUUCCACUCCACUCCAGGUCAGCGAGUCCAUUCCAGAGGAGCCGGCGACCACCAGUGCGUCGUCCCAGAUGCAGUCAUUUCAAAUCUCGGCACACGGCCGUGGUUUGUCAUCUGGUCGAGGGGCUCCCGGCGGCAUUUCGCACGCCGCAGUACCCCGCAUUGCUUCGCGGGAUCGACGGAUGAUCCUGGACGAUUCAUCCCGCAUGGCGAUCCUUGCCGGAUGAAAUGGGCCGGCGGGCCGGCAAGGGAUUAUGCGAAUCGAAGAACCUGGAGGAUCGCCCAGGCAAGGAGAUCAGAGCCGCCCCUCCACGCGCCAUUUGUCAGCCUUCCUGGAUAAAAAUCCCGCCGCGGCGGAUCGACAGCGAGGCACCGCACACAACCCCAUCGGCAUCUGAUCAUCUCCAGCCCCACUGCCCACCACCAUGGCCAAGAACAUCCUCUUCGUCCUCACUUCGCACUCCGAGCUCGGCUCCACCGGCCACAAGACCGGCUGGUAUCUCCCCGAGGUCGCUCAUCCUUACUAUGUCCUGGCCCACCACAAGAUCACCUGGGCCUCGCCCAAGGGCGGCGCGACCCCGAUGGACCCCGGAAGCGCCGAUGCUUUCAAGGCUGAUCCCGAGUGCGCAAAGUUCCUCGUCGAUCCUGUCGCCCAGGCGGCCGUCAACAACACCGUUCAGCUCUCCACCAUCAACGUGGCCGACUACGACGCUGUCGUUGUCCCCGGUGGCCAUGGUCCCGUCUUUGACCUGGCCUAUGAUGCCGAGUCGGCUCGGAUCAUCUCCGGCGUCUACGAGCGGGGUGGAGUCGUUGGCGCGAUCUGCCAUGGCCCUGCUGCCCUGAUCAACGUCAAGCUCUCGAACGGCAGCUAUCUGGUCAACGGCAAGAAGCUCACAGCCUUCAGCAACGCCGAGGAGGAUGCCGUUUCGCUGACGGCGGCCAUGCCCUAUCUGCUGGAAGACGAGCUCGUCAAGCACGGCGGUAUCUACGAGAAGGCUGGCGCACUCUGGGGCGAGCAUGUUGUCGUCGAUGGACAGCUGGUGACUGGCCAGAACCCGAGCUCAGGUCAUGCCUUUGGCAAGGCCAUCAGCCAGCUCCUCCAGUAAAUGACCAUAACCGCCUGUGUUAUGGGAUAGUUUUUGUCAAUACACCAUUGUUUGCAGCA